AAACAAACAAACAAUAUAAUAAUAAUAAUAAUAAUAAAGUUACGUGCAGCGACAAACACAAUAAGAGCAGGUUGUGGAGGCAUUUUGGCCGAAGUUCACAGUGACAGUCUCAAGCAAAUCGACAUGGCCACCGACUUCAAAUCUAUCCCGAUCAUCGAUGUUAGUCCUCUUGUGGCUAAAUGUGAUGAUCCAAACGUGGCUCAAGAGCCUGCUGUAUGUGAGGUUGUUAAACAAUUGGACCAAGCUUGUAGAGAGGCUGGAUUUUUCUAUGUGAAGGGCCAUGGUAUUCCUGAUUCUCUCAUUGAAGAGGUUAAAAAGGUCUCGCACAAGUUUUUUGAUCUUCCCUACAAAGAAAAACUAAAAAUCAAGAUGACUCCUGCUUCAGGAUACAGGGGAUAUCAAAGAAUUGGAGAAAAUAUAACCGAAGGCAUUCCUGACAUGCAUGAAGCUAUUGAUUGUUAUAAAGAGAUUAAACCAGGGAUGUAUGGUGCUCUUAGCAAACCUAUGGAAGGAUGUAAUCAAUGGCCGCUAGAUCCACCGAACUUCAAAGCACUGAUGGAGGAAUAUGUAGCACUUUGCAAAGACCUGUCAAGGAAAAUUCUGAGGGGAAUUGCUUUGGCGUUGGGUGAAUCAGCUGACGAAUUGGAAGGUGAAAUAGCUGGAGAUGCAUUUUGGGUAAUGCGUAUUAUUGGUUAUCCAGGUGUAUCAAAAAAACAAGAUCUGGCUGAAAAUGACAUAGGCUGUGGAGCUCACACAGAUUAUGGUUUGUUGACAUUGGUUAAUCAGGAUGAUGACAUAACUGCGCUUCAGGUGAGAAACCUGUCUGGCGAGUGGAUAUCUGCACCCCCAAUUCCAGGAACAUUUGUAUGCAACAUCGGAGACAUGCUUAAGAUUUGGUCAAAUGGUCUGUAUGACUCAACUCUGCAUCGAGUUAUCAACAACUCUCCAAGAUAUCGGGUAUGCGUGGCUUAUUUCCACGAGACCAACUUUGAUGCAGCUAUAGAGGCUUCUGAUAUUUGUGUAAAGAGGACAGGUGGUGUCAAGAAGACUGGAAAAGCAGUUUACGGAGAGCAUUUAGUGAGCAAAGUGCAGACGAAUUUCAUUUAAUAUUUAAUCUUGUAAAUAUUGUGUUGUACAUGCCAUUGAAUAAACUUAAGUAUCUUUCAAGCACUGAAAUGUCUGUUUGCAAUAUGCUAUGCAUUUAUAAAUUUUUUA